AUGCAUUUGGCUUGUCAAAAAAAUUUGGAAACACCAAAACUCAGUGGUAAUGGCAGAUUAGGAUCUUUUCUGCCAUUACCACUGAGUUUUGAUGUUGCCAAAUUUUUUUGACAAGCCAAAUGCAUCAUCGCAAAAGAACAAUUUUUUUUAUUGCAUUUGGCUUGCCCAAAAAAUUUGGAAACACCAAAACUCAGUGUAAAUGGCAGAUUAGGAUCUUUUGUCAAAAUUUUUUCUGGCAGACCAAGAAUGGCUCCUUAG